ACUUCCGCGCCGGAAGUGAGCGGCCGGGUGGCCCAGCUGGAGGCUGUGCGCGAGGCUCCAGUUCGAGGCUGCAGCCAAGUCCUGGACCGGCCGGGCUGAGCGACGCGAGAAGGCCCAGAGGCGAACUCGAAGAGUAACACCUGCGCCCCAGUGAAGGGAAGCCCGGCUGGGAGCCUGCUAUCAGUGAAGAUGUCAGGGCCAGAGCUGCUGCUGGACUCCAACAUCCGCCUCUGGGUGGUCCUACCCAUCGUUAUCAUCACUUUCUUCGUGGGCAUGAUCCGCCACUACGUGUCCAUUCUGCUGCAGAGCGACAAGAAGCUCACCCAGGAGCAAGUGUCUGACAGUCAAGUCCUAAUUCGAAGCAGAGUCCUCAGGGAAAAUGGAAAAUACAUUCCCAAACAGUCUUUCUUGACACGAAAAUAUUACUUCAACAACCCAGAGGAUGGAUUUUUCAAAAAAACCAAAAGGAAGGUAGUGCCACCUUCUCCUAUGACCGAUCCCACUAUGCUCACGGACAUGAUGAAAGGAAAUGUAACAAAUGUCCUCCCUAUGAUUCUUAUUGGUGGAUGGAUCAACAUGACAUUCUCAGGCUUUGUCACAACCAAGGUUCCAUUUCCAUUGACCCUCCGUUUUAAGCCUAUGCUACAGCAAGGAAUUGAACUGCUCACAUUAGAUGCAUCCUGGGUAAGUUCUGCAUCCUGGUACUUCCUCAAUGUAUUUGGGCUUCGGAGCAUUUACUCUCUGAUUCUGGGCCAAGAUAAUGCUGCUGACCAAUCACGUAUGAUGCAGGAACAGAUGACUGGAGCUGCCAUGGCCAUGCCCGCAGACACCAACAAAGCUUUCAAGACAGAGUGGGAAGCUUUGGAGUUGACAGAUCACCAGUGGGCACUAGAUGACGUCGAAGAAGAGCUCAUGGCCAAAGACCUCCACUUUGAAGGCAUGUUCAAAAAGGAAUUACAGACCUCUAUUUUUUGAAGACUGAGCAGGGAUUAGCUGUGUCAGGAACUUGGAAUAGUGCUUAACUUUCUAACUUGCAUCGGAGCUGAUGCCUCUUGGAUUUAAAAGGAGGAUGCAGGCAUGCAGCAAGGCUCGUUCUUGUCCAAGCUGGGUUCCCCUUUAUGUCUGAAACUAGAGGAAAUAAGGAGGAGUAUACUGGGUGACUUGCUAUUUUUAAAUGUUUUAAAUGUUCCUUCUGGUGACUUUAGUAAUAAAAGUCAUAGAAAGGAGGAAAACUCAGGCUACUGAUAAUAUGUAACAUUUUAGCAAAAAUUCAGUCUUGGGAAGAAGCAUUGUUAAUUAUAACUAUGCGCAGUCAGCCUGACGUCUAGCCACAGUUAACUCCCUUCUUCUUGGGAUCCACACACCCUGCAUUUUACCUUUAAUAUUUUUAUGGUAUUUUUAACUUUCUUUACAAAAGUAAAACAUUUUUGCAAUCAAAAGUUUAGGAACUAUGGGUGAGCAAAAUGAAAGUCCCUGCCUUGUUGAUUUUGAGCCUACAGAAUGACAGAGAGAACAGUUGUGUCCAAACAUCAUUCAAAUAAACUCUUUUCAGUGUAAAUAUCCCAGGCCAGGACAGACUUUGCAAAUCUUUUAUAGCUCUUAAUAUUGUCCAGUGAAAAUCAGUGACCCCAAAGGCACUGCCAGAUUCUCAAGUGCCUUUGGGAUCUUCAGAGACAGGUUAAGUAAUGCGAGGUCUUGAUCUGGACACCUGAGUAUUUCAAAAUCCAUUGGCAAAUCAAUGGUGCUAUACUGUAAAUGGCUACUCAGUUGGACAAAAGAUCUCAUUUCCCAGUUACUCUGAACAAGAGCGUUUGCACACCUGUAAGAAGGGAGAGAGCAAUGGUUGGCAGACACAUAGGUACAGUGCCCAGGAACAAUUCUUUCAGGAUUGACGGUCCCAGGGAGUUGACAGGGUGCCGUUUCCAUACCAAGAGGUGGAUGUUAUUUGCAUGCUAAGCAAUGUAAUCAAGAACAAAUGACUCUUGACUCUUGAAUUAAACCAUCCUGUUUUCUCUUC